UCCCUCCAUCCUUCGUUCAUCCAUCCCGCCUCGGCAGCAGCAGUAGCAGGAGGAAUAGAGCAUCGCUGAUGAAACACCGGUCACCUUCAGAGCAGCAUCACGGGAAAAGGUCCCGUGAUCCCGACGCGGCCACCUCCAACUCACCACCGGACAAAAUGGAGGAUAAGACGACGUCAAACCCGCGGGAACUGACACAGAACCCGCUGAAGAAGAUUUGGAUGCCGUACAAGAACGGCCUUCCAGAAAAACACAUAGCGCAGAGAAAGGUAUGUAUGACCAACUGUCCCACCCUGAUUGUGACAGUGGGCCUUCCUGCCAGAGGGAAGACCUACAUCUCCAAGAAACUGACCCGCUAUCUCAACUGGAUUGACGUGCCCACUAGAGAGUUCAAUGUUGGCCAGUACAGGAGAGAGUUUGUGAAAAUCUACAAGUCCUUUGAGUUCUUCCGUCCAGACAAUGAAGAGGGUUUAAGUAUUAGGCGACAAUGUGCUUCAGCGGCGUUGAAUGAUGUGCGGCAGUACCUCACGGAAGAAGGAGGCCAAGUUGCAGUUUUUGAUGCAACAAACACCACCAGAGAGAGAAGGGAAACAAUCAUCCAGUUUGCAGAGCAGAACGGCUUUAAGGUGUUCUUUGUGGAGUCGGUGUGUGAAGACCCAGACGUCAUACAGGAGAACAUUGUGCAAGUCAAGCUGGAAAGCCCAGACUACACCAACUGCAACACAGAGGAGGCAGUGAAAGAUUUCAUGAUGAGGAUCCAGUGCUAUGAAAACUCCUACGAGACCCUGGAUGAGGUUCUGGACAGGGACCUCUCCUACAUCAAAAUCAUGGAUGUGGGUCAGCGCUUUCUGGUGAACCGGGUGUUGGACCACAUCCAGAGCCGAAUUGUCUACUACCUCAUGAACAUCCACAUCACGCCACGCUCCAUUUACUUGUGUCGCCAUGGCGAGAGCGAGCUCAAUGUCAAGGGACGCAUUGGAGGAGACUCGGGCCUCACUCCCAGAGGCAAAGAGUUUGCAAAGAAGCUGACCCAGUUCAUUCAGAAGCAGGACAUCAGUGACCUGAAGGUGUGGACCAGUCAGAUGAAGAGAACUAUCCAGACAGCAGAAGCUCUCGGUGUUCCCUACGAACAGUGGAAAGUCCUGAAUGAGAUUGAUGCAGGAGUGUGUGAGGAGAUGAUGUACGAGGAGAUCCAGGAGAGCUAUUCUCUGGAGUUUGCCAUGAGGGACCAGGACAAAUACCGCUAUCGCUACCCAAAAGGAGAGUCCUAUGAGGACUUGGUGCAGCGGUUGGAGCCAGUCAUCAUGGAGCUGGAGAGGCAGGAGAACGUGCUGGUCGUCUGUCACCAGGCCGUCAUGCGUUGCUUACUGGCUUAUUUCCUGGACAAGACGGCAGUGGAACUGCCGUACCUGAAGUGCCCUUUGCACACGGUGCUGAAGCUCACGCCAGUUGCUUACGGCUGUAAAGUGGAAUCCAUCUGCUUAAACGUGGAGGCCGUCAACACGCACAGAGAAAGACCAGAGAACGUGAACAUUCAUCGUACGACAGAAGACGCGCUGCAGACAGUCCCUCCUCACCUCUGACAGGCUGCUGCUGCUGCUGCUGCUGCUGGAGGAGUCCACUGCAGACAAAGUUGGACACACACUGCCCCCUUGUGGUUUAUUUCUUUCUCCCCUGUCCAAUAGUCACAGCCUGCUCACAGUGGUGAUUGUCUGGUUGAUGUUCUUCUUCUUCCUCCUCGUGCUUAAACACCUUCACCGCACUUCCUGCCUUAUGUCCGUCUUCUUUUUCAUGAGGAAUUUAAAGGUCCAGUGUGUAAGAAAUAGUGACAUUUAAUGGUGAGGCUGCACACAGACAGAGAACUCACUCACCCUCCCUUUCCCGAGUGUGUCAGGGAGCUACGGUGGCCUCCACGUACUAAAAAGGAUGUCGUUAUUCUUAGUUUUGCACAGCAAGCGUCUGCUUCAAAAACACAAAACGCCACACUCCACAGCUGCUUUGUCUUUUCAGGCAACUGUAGAAGCAUGGUGACCCAAAAUGGCAAACUCUGUAAAAACAAGUAAAUUUUUUCCAAAGGCUUAUUCUAAAGCUACAAAAACAAGACAAUUUUUUAUUGAAAACAUGUUUAUUACAAGUUUAUUAAGUCUCUAAAUGUUACACAUUGGAGCUUUAAAGGAGCCUAAGAGUAAAAUCUGUGUUUUGUGUUUAUGUGUUGUGAUCCUCGUAGGGUUGUGUAGUGUACACUACAGUGUUUGAUAUGAUAUUUAUUUAUUUAGAAUCAUUUUUAAUAGCCAAAUUAAUAUAACGAUACAAAGGAAGUGGUGAAUUCUCACUGGUGAACCAAAAAAAGAGUGUUGGCUGAUUUUUUACAAAAACAUGACAGCGGCGACAACAAAUAAAUAAAGCUUGCGUCGUAGUUUUUACAUAUUUCUAUUAAAUACAAUUUGAAUAGGUUAAAUUAUUUUUAUACAGUUUUCAAGCUAGUAUAGUGUACUCAACAAUUAUUACAAAGUUUGACCCCAUUGAAUUCUAACAGGUACCUUAAAUCCAGCACUUUGUGGUACAUUUAUGUAGUUUAACAUGUUAAAAAUAAGUCAAAACUUCUCAAUUUGAAUGUAUGCACGAAAGAUACUGGAAUUUGGCCAAGAUUGAUUAAUACAAAAAGAUACUGACAUAAUUCGGUUGGUACCAGGGCUGCAACAGUUAAUCGGUUAUUAACCUGUUACUAAAUGAAUCAUCAGCUAUGAUCAGCUUUGAUAAUUGAUUAAUCAGUUUGAGUGGGUUUUUUUUCCAAUAGUUUUCAGCUUCUUAAAUGUGAGUAUUUUCUGUUUUCUUUGCUCCAUAUAAUAGUAAUUAUUAGUUGCAGCCCUAGUUGGUACCAUUACAAGUUCUGUGCCUGUGAACAUUUAUUUAUAUGUAGUUACCCUUCAGUAAUCUAUUAUUCAUUUUGCCAUUGCUGUUGUUUGGUGUGUGGUUCUUUGUCAGGGAAGUUUCUGGUUUGUUCUACAAAAAUAAUAUAUAUAUUUAGUACUACUUUUGGUACCAAACCUGAGUUGUUUUGCACAGAGGGCGAGUGGUUAGCCACAGCAGAUGCAUGUCUCAUAUGUGUGUAUUUAUUGCGCUGCAGUAUAAUAACCACUGAAAGUUGCUUCAGUAUACAGUAUUUUUAAGUAUUAUUCACAUGUGCUCCCGUUAUGUAACUACGCCUUAGACAUGUCUCUAUAGUCGUUGUCAGUGAAAAUGUGCAAUUUGUGUACAGAUCUACUCAGAAAACAACACUGCGAAGAGAAGUUUUUAUUAACGCUGGUGAAUUAAUGAAUGAAGGGAGAGACUGGGGUCAUUUUAGUAAAUUUUCUUAAAUAAGUUAAGUGUUAUAUGUAAAUGAUUGCGCACAGAGACGUGUAACAUCAGCCUCACUAAGCUGACCAUGUGUAUGUGCAUCAGGAUUUCAAAAAUCAGCGUCAUAUCACCAAUCAAAUAAAGAUGUGUUAUUUUUAUACACCA